AAUUACAAACUGCCAAGGCGGAGUGCCGCGCAGAAUUCACACGAUUGCGAAAGUAAAAGUAGCAUUAUGUUUACUGUGCGUAAACUGGCGUUCGAAUUGUCGGGAUAUAACAAAUACGGGGUUUACACGCAUGACAUGAUAGAUUACACUGACCCUGUCGUACGUGAAGCUUUGCGCCGAUUACCCAAGGACAUGCUGGAUGCCAGGAAUUUCAGGAUCAUACGCGCUAUGCAACUGAAUUUCCUGAAGACAUACCUGCCGAGGGAGAAGUGGGUCACGUUUGAGCAGGAUUUGGAAUAUCGAUACCUCGGCCAGUACAUAAAGGAAAUCGAGGCUGAGCGAGCUGAAAUACAGAAGUUCGGCUGCCUCAAUUACAGCGACACGGACUGGCCGGCUGAUAAACCGAUAUGA